AUUUUCAUAACUAUCCUAUCUCAAUCACUAUUGAUUAGUUUUUGUAAUUGAAUCCAAAUAAUUCCCUAAAGUCAAUUCUUCUCUGGAAUUAAUCAAUAUCAUUAAAUUGAUUGGAUUUAAUAACUUCAACUUCAACUUAUAAAAAUUGGUAAUAAAAUUCUUUAUCAAAUCAUUAAUAUUAGAGAAGAGUAGAAAAUAAAGAAUCACAACAAUGUCGAAUACUCCAGGUGGUGAUGUUUUCACCACUGAUUUGAACGCUCAAUUCGAUAAGGCUGAUAUGGCUUGGAUUGGUGUUGCCGGGGCCUUGGUUUGGAUUAUGAUUCCAGGGGUCGGUCUUUUAUACUCUGGUUUAGCCAGAAAGAAGCAUGCUUUGUCUCUUUUAUGGGCAUCUAUUAUGGCAGCAUGUUUAACGUGUUUCCAAUGGUUCUUUUGGGGGUACUCAUUAGCUUUUGCUAAGGGUUCCUCUAAAUUCUUGGGUAAUAUGGAUUUCUUUGCUCUUAAAAAUGUAUUAGGUUCGCCAUCUGCUGUUACCACAUUACCAGAUAUGUUAUUCUGUUUCUAUCAAGGUAUGUUCGCUGCUACUACUGCUAUUUUAAUGGUUGGUGCUGGUUGUGAAAGAGCAAGAUUGGGUCCUAUGAUGGUUUUCCUUUUCAUUUGGUUAACUGUCGUUUAUUGUCCAAUUGCUUAUUGGACUUGGGGUGCCAAUGGUUGGUUGUAUGACUUAGGUGCUUACGAUUUCGCUGGUGGUGGUCCAGUCCAUCAAAACUCUGGUUUUGCUGCUUUAGCUUAUUCCUUAGUUUUAGGUAAGAGACAUGAUCCUUUAGCCAGUGGUAAAGUUCCAAAAUAUAAGCCUCAUUCAGUUUCUUCUAUUGUUUUAGGUACUGUUUUACUUUGGUUCGGAUGGUUUGGUUUUAACGGUGGUUCCACUGGUAAUGCCUCCAUUAGAUCUUGGUAUGCUUGUGUUAACACCAAUUUAGCUGCUUCUUGUGGUGGGUUAACUUGGAUGCUUGUUGAUUGGUUCAGAUUAGGCGGUAAAUGGUCAACUGUUGGUUUAUGUACUGGUGCCAUUGCUGGUUUAGUUGGUAUUACUCCAGCUGCUGGGUUUGUUCCAGUUUAUACUGCUCCAAUUUUUGGUGUUAUUCCAGCUAUCGUUUGUAAUUAUGCUGUUGAUCUUAAGGUUAUCUUAGGUAUUGAUGAUGGUUUAGAUGUCUUUUCUUUACAUGGUGUCGGUGGUGCUACUGGUGCCUUCUUAACAGGUAUAUUUGCUGCCGAUUACGUUGCUGCUUCAGAUGGUUCUGUUGCUGCUGAUCCAUCAGCUCAAAUUGCUGGUGGAUGGAUGAAUAGACAUUAUGAACAAUUAGGUUAUCAAUUGGCCGAAAUUUGUGCUAUUGGUUCAUGGUCAUUUGUUGUCACCGCCAUUUUAUUAUAUGUCAUGGAUAAGAUUCCUUUCUUAAGAAUUAGAUUACAUGAAGAUGAAGAAAUGUUAGGUACUGAUUUAGCUCAAAUUGGUGAAUUUGCUUACUACGACAGUGAUGUUGAAGAACAUUAUAAGAACCCAGAAGAAAGUCCUUAUGUUAUUGAACCAAUUAGAUCUACUGAAGCCAGAAUUGCUAAAUUAAAGGCUGUUGCUUCUACUAAAGAAGCUCAAGAAAUCGAAGGCACUACCGUAGAUGGUAAGGGUUCUUUAAGUCCAGAUAAUGGUACGGUUAGUGAUGAUUCGAAGAAAUAAAUUAACUGAUCAAACUCGUGUUCUUUUAAUUCAAAACAUAAAAUUCGCAGUAUAAUUUAUAUCUAUAAAUAUCUAUUUACUUUCAAUUCUUCUGUUACAAUUAGUUUAUUCAAUUCUUUG